UGACGAACAUAGUACUUUUAAAACAAUGAUGACGUGUACAUAUCAUGUCGUUUGUUACUAGUACUACCAGGUCAUACAUAUAUAUGUUCGUGUGAGCCACUCUGUUGCGGCCGAUACUCAUUGUUUUGUAGAGAGAGAGAGAGAGAGAGAGAGAGAUUUGGAUGGAGGUUUCAGAGGAAGAAUGGUCGAAGAAGCUAAGCAUAUACAAAGCAGCAAGAAGCAUUAAAAAAAGAGACAACAGUUUGUACAACGCACUUAGAUCUAUCUAUCAAGAUUCUGUUUUCAUUGGUGAAAUCUCUCAAUUAUGGCCUCAACUUCCUCUUCUUGCAAACCUUCGUUGUGGCCUUUGGUACUCUUCCAAUUUCCAUUCCACUUGUUACUUCAAAUCCACAGAUGGUCACACCAACAAUUGUUCUUUCUCCACUUCUCGUCUCAACCUUCAUGUCGCUCAUCUUGCCGCACAGAAAGGUGGUUGUAUGAUUGUUGAUUCUACUAGAAAAGGAAAGCGUUUCCCUGACAGCAUGUCCAAAACCAUACCCAUAUGGACUUGUGUUCUUAAUCGUGCAAUUGCCCAAUUUAUAAGAGAUUUUCAUAUGGAUGAUACUUCAGCACCACAAUUGAGUGAGGACUCUGAUUGGGAUUGCUCUUUGCACCUACCACUUUGGGUUCCCCUAACAGAAAAGGCUUCAAUUGAGGAGCACUUAGAGGAAUGGACAGAACAAUUGAAAGCAAGUGGGGCUGACAUUGCUUCCCUCUCUGCUUCCUUGAAGAAACCAUUACGUCCUCUAUGGAUUUCUCAGAAAACUGUCAUAUGGUUAAAUGAAGUACCUCACCAUGAUUCAUGGGAUUUCACUCCAAUCAUACUUGUCUCUGCUUCUUCUUCGUCGAAUGGUGUAAGCCAACACAACAAGACUAACUCCGAGUUUAGCUGGAAUUAUAUACCAGGUGCAGGAGACGAUGAAGAAAGUUGGUCUAGGGGUUUAACUCCACCUCUCUUUUGGAAUCAUGUUUAUGAUCUUAUAAAUUCAGGUCCUGAUGUGUGUAACCAGAAGGUUGCAGAUAUCGUUGAAAAGGGUAGGGUGCGCCGUGUUUAUAGAGGAGAGAGUGCUCCUCAGAUUAGAGUUAAAUCACUUUCACAUGAAGAACCAUCACUGGCUUCUGAUGUUUCAAAUAUUGAAGUUGACACUAAGUCUUCUGAAGAUUCUGAAAUUUCUUGGUUGGGUUCAACUAAUUUGGCAGUUGGUGCAUCUCAAUCUGCUACAGAUGCAGCCGAUGUUGAUUGCAUAUUGAAUUGUGAUUAUGAGUCCAUCACUGUCUGUCUUCCCAGUUCAGAAGCAUAUCUGCAUCUUCCAAUUGUGAAUUCAAAGUUUGAUCGCUUUUCCUUAUUAAAUAAUCUUCCUAAAGCUGUGAGCUUCGCCAAGUUCAACCUCAGCCAGGGAAAACGACUUCUGGUUUGUUGUAAUGAUGGGGAAGAUAUUAGUAUAUGUGUUUGCUUAGCAAUUUUGAUGUCAUUAUUCGAUGAAAAAGGUACUUUUGAUGAUGGUAAAUCCUUCAAUACAACACAUGUCACUAAAUGGGAUAUGAGAAGACGGCUUGUAUUUGUCUGUAAGUUUGCAACAAAUGCUCGACCAUGCAGAGGAAAUUUGAGGCAAGUUUUUAACUUCCUUAUUGGCGGAAAAUGCAUUCUUCAACCAGAGGAGGACGGUUGAAGUGAUGAGUGAUUGCUAGAACUUGUGUAUAUCAUUAGUAAUUCCUUAAGUGUCUAACUUAUUAUUACUAGUUAUUAGACAUGAUUUUUGUUUACCUAAGUUUAUGCAAAUGUUCUGUCAAAUAACAUCAACUGUGCCUCAACAUGGAAGGUCGUGAGAUAUGUAAAUUGCCAGAUUCAUUCAAAAUUUAACCAAUUCAAUUUUUCUCAAAA